CACACACACACACACAGGCAGGCACGCGGCGCGCGCACUCUACUGGACACUGGCGUUAUCUCUUGUCCUCUUCAAGCCAGCGCGACUUUUGCACUUCGAAAAGCAGGUGCUGGAUUGGAAGCUGACAUCUAAACGACACUUAAAUCGAGGUGUGACUAAAGAAGCAGGAGUAAAAAGUGAAUAUGGUCCGUCAAGGAGGCAAAACAACAUGCACAGCCCACUUUCUGAAGAUCAAAGUUGACUGACUCAGACAAGUGACUCAGGGCCUAAAUGUGUCAGAUGAAGCUGCAGACAAUUACAGGAUAUAGACGCCUUCAUAUCUUCUCAUUUUAGAACACACAGCUGUCAAAAAAAGGGUAGUCAGUUGAAACUGUUUUUACCAACAGCACAUUUGGGAGUAUUUUUGUGCUGAGAACUAAGUGAUGGCCAUGGUGAGAGGGGGGUGGGGAGAUCCCAAUGGGGAGACUAAUGGACUUGGUGACAAGGGGUACGUGAGGGGAGAUGAGGACGACAGGUCACCCCAAGGAGGCGGCAGCGACAUGGAGGCUGGGGAGGAUGAUAAAGGUUGUGUGGUGGACUGUGUGGUCUGCGGUGACAAGUCCAGUGGGAAACACUAUGGUGUGUUUACUUGUGAGGGCUGCAAGAGCUUCUUCAAACGGAGUGUCCGACGAAACCUUAACUAUACCUGCAGAUCAAACAGAGACUGCCAGAUUGACCAACAUCACCGCAAUCAGUGUCAAUACUGCCGUUUAAAGAAGUGUUUCAGAGUUGGAAUGCGCAAAGAAGCAGUUCAGCGUGGACGCAUCCCACCUUCGCAUUCAAGCCUCAGCCCAUCCACGACUCCAGUGGGCGGUAAUGCCGGCAGUGGCGUGAGCGAGUUCUACAACGGGCAGCCGGUGUCUGAGCUCAUCUCCCAGCUCCUGCGGGCAGAGCCUUACCCUAACAGCCGCUACAGCCAUCAGUACAACCAGCAGAUGCAGGGGGGUGGAGGAUCCAUGGGCAUCGACAGCAUCUGCGAGCUAGCCGCCAGACUCCUGUUUAGCAUCAUCGAAUGGGCCCGAAACAUUCCUUACUUCCCUGAGCUGCCUGUAUCUGAGCAGGUGGCCUUGCUGCGGCUCAGCUGGAGCGAACUGUUUAUUCUUAACGUAGCCCAAUCUGCCCUUCCCCUGCACAUGGCCCCGCUGCUCGCCGCUGCAGGCUUUCACUCCUCUCCCAUGUCUGCUGAGAGGGUGGUGUCGUUCAUGGACCAGGUGCGUGUCUUUCAGGACCAAGUGGAGAAGCUAACCCGCCUGCAAGUGGAUUCAGCAGAGUACAGCUGUCUGAAGGCCAUAGCACUCUUCUCACCAGGUGCGCCAGACACAUUACUCAGAUUAAACUGCAUUUAACCGAACAUAAUCAGA